CAUGGCGGAUCGCAAAGUCGCCGUGGGGUGGCAGCUGCCGAGCAGCCCUAAGGAACCGCGCAUCAAUAGCCCGCUUUCGCCAGCGCAGGCGCAGCAAUACGGGACCGUCCGAAGGAACGCCCACGCGGAUGUACGACUGGGCUCACCAUCUGCCGCGCCAGUCACCAACAAGAAGCAACUGCAUGAAGAACGGCAGCUCCAGGACCCGCUACAUGCAGCAGCCCCGCUGGAACAUCGUGAAAUGGCAGACACAAGGCGUAACAUAGCCGUGCAGGUUGACCCACUUUCUCCUACACUUGAGAGAAUGGGAGCGCCUGCUGGUGGUCUGCGGACAGCAGUAGCGGCAGCGCAAGGCGUCGCCAUUUCUACACCUCUAGCGGCAGCUGCGCCUGCUGCUGGUGGAGAAGACAUUGAGGGCAGGCUUCCGUCCUUGGAGCUUGUGGCCGGUGGCAUCCGCGUGCUGGGCGGCCACGCCGAAGACGGUACCGACAGCGUGGACAGCACCGUUGCCUGCGUAUUCAUCUACAUGAUCGUCGUGGUCGCAACUAUCGCCGCGGUGCUAGUCUAUUUCUUCCGCAGUCUGUACGCCGAGCCUUCGGAGAUGACACCAAUCGACUACGACGAGGAAGAGGAGCUGCCGCGAACGCGCAGGCCCCUGGAGCCGCUGACGACCACCGCAGAGUACGAGCAAGAAGGCUUCGCCACCGGACCACUGCGCUUUGCGAGAAGGGGCAAGAUAACUAGCGCAAUUCCGCAUGGUCCCGACGCCCAUAGUGUGGAUGGUGGCGGGACUGGCCUAGUCACCAUUGGUACUGCCGACGUGGAGGGAGGGGGUGGUCUAGAAGACGGAGGCAUGGCGUCACAGCCCGUCGUCACGUCGCCCGACGAAGAGCAACGCUUCGUUCGGUACCUCGCCUCCCUACCGGCGAGCGGCGAGGGUGACUCGAACAGAACCCACAACGAUAAUUGGGACUGGACGCGUAGCGUCAAGUCGUUUGAAAGAAAAAGUCGCUUUAAGCAGUAUAGGGUCCGGCGCAUUGGUUGAAUGGUCUGUAGGAAUGUUUUGCAUAGCGUAUAAAGAUAUCGAAAAGCUCAAGCGUAGCGUGUUAAGCCCAUAAAACAUCCGCUUGCCUGGAACUCGAUACAAGAGUGUCAGGUGAGUGGAUUGCCGC